AAUGUCUAGCCAUAUCCAAAGACUCCUUCUAGGGACUUUUGUAAGAAAUGUCUCAAAUAGCAGGGUUAUACAGCGUUUCGCAGGUAAACUUGCGCGCCAAGAACAUACCUUCACGGGUGAGACAAUGAGAAUUUGGGCUGGUGCUACCGCGAAGGAAAUUCAGUCAGAUCUAAACAAUGUUCUUGUAAAACUAUUUCCGAAGAAAAGCGCCGAGCAAGGAACAACAGAGCAUACUGAAAAGAUUGUUCCGAGGAAGGAGAAUUGUGGGGAUCGAAAGCGCUAGCAGUAAGUCGUAGUAAGGGGAGUGGCUAUAUCAACCGCAGUAAAGUUUGUGUCAGCAAAUUCUAUGUUUUCAGUAUCUGAAUUUCGGGCGAUUGCUUCACCUUUUUAUAGUCACUAGCUUAUUUUACCCUGUGUACUUGACACUAUCCUUUUAUUAUUUUUAUGGCUUGAUUUUACUAUUAUGUUACAUGCUUACGAAUAUCCCAUCAGUGGCAAAUCUGUGUCGUUAUGUUUUUCCUAGGGGUCUGGCCUUCUGGAUUUUUUUGCACAACGUACUGCAUAUUAAUAGAGACUGUGUUGUAUUAUCUUUGUUAGUGUCUGAUUUAGUUUCUAUUUCCUACUUUUAGAGUAAGCGAUGCGAAGCUAUGAGAAAUGACACCUCAAAAAACGAGUCGAUGCAUCAUUAAGGCGACAAAAGCACUGAACACAGCACGAAAGGAUCAGCUCAGAUUGCGAAGGGUUUCUUUUACUUUGUUGACAAUCGUGUUCAUGGAACUGUAAAAAUUUUGUCUUUUUAGUCCACUAGACGAACUCAGUACGUGAUGAAAGUGGAGUUCUAAUAAACUGCAUAAUUCA